AUGCUGCUGGAGAUCGUCAUCGACGCAUUCGCCGAGCGGAAGCGUCACAUGCUGCGCACGCUGGACGGCUCCCGAGCAGUGCUUGUGACGAGCCGCUACAAGCACGUGGGCACAGUCCGCACAGUGAAUGGCUCCUACGUCGCCGAUGCGCGUGCUAAGGCCACUUCCUGUUUGCAGGCCUAUUACCCUCUGGCGCACCGCGUCUACGGCAACUACGACGUUGAUCUGCGCACGAGGCUCUCCCUCGCAGAUUCGCUCUGCUUCUCGAAGUUGUGGUUGGGCACCGAAACAUGGCUGAACCCUUCUCCCGACGCCGUCCGGCAUCUUCACAGCGCUCGCACGCGCGUGCUUCGUCAGGUGGCCAACCGCUGCCAGUUCAAGCGGUCUGGACACGGCUCGGACCAAGAGGUGCUCAGGGAGUUGCAUGUGUUGCCCACGGACCUGAUCCUGUUACAGAAGCGAUUAGUGGCUGCUGCUACCAGUUUCGCGCGUGGCCCCGCUAUUCUACGUGCGUUCCGGCUGCAACCGUGCAAGAAUGCUUCGGCAGCUCUGGCCGACGAUAUGAGAUGGGCGUGGCAGGCUGCCCCUGCCCUGCACGGCAUGCCAGACCCUUGCACCGAGCCCG